AUGGCUCGCAGCCUGGUGCGCGGCCUGCGCCGCGCCCUGGCCUGGAUCAUCACCCACGCGCUUCUGGCGGUGGUCGUGGUGCUGGCGCUGAGCUUUGUGGAGCCGGCGCGGCAGGAGUCUCCGCACCUGGCAGCGCUGCACGGCGCGGCGGUGGACGGGUGGGCGCUGGUGGCGCCCGGCGGGCGCUGGCACCCCACCGCCUUCAUCGAGCACAAGGGCCACCUGGUGGUGGAGGGAUUCCUGCUUCUGGUCAUAUCCUACCUCCUGCUGCAAGGCACGCUGGUACCGGGUGCCCAGGAGGAAACGGCGCUGACCGAGAAGGAGGUGGAUGAACUGUGUGCGGAGUGGGAGCCAGAGCCGCUGGCGCCGCCGCUGUCCGAGGCGCAGCAAAACUGGCGGGAGCCCGUCGUCAGCAGCGACGCGGGCAGGAUGGUGACCGUCAACGGGCGCCAGGCCCUCAACAUGUCCUCCCUCAAUUUCCUGGGCAUCGCAGGCAGCCCAGAGUUGCGUGAGGCGUGCCGCCAGACCAUCCAUAAGUAUGGGGUGGGCUCCUGCGGGCCUCGCGGUUUCUACGGUACCAUCGACGUCCACCUGCAGCUGGAGGAGCGCCUGGCCCGCUUCAUGGGCACCGAGGAGGCCAUCCUCUACUCGUAUGACCUCGCCACCCUGCCCUCCAUCCUCCCCGCCUUUGCCUCCAAAAAGGACCUCAUACUGUGCGACGAGGGCGUCAACUACGCCAUCCAGAACGGGGCCCACCUGUCCCGCGCCCGCGUGCUGUACUUCAGGCACAACGACAUGGCCGACCUGGAGCGCCUGCUGCGCCAGCAGGAGGAGGCCGACCGGCGGCACAGGAAGCCGCUCAACCGGCGCUUCAUUGUGGUGGAGGGCAUCUAUGCCAACAGCGGCGACCUGGCGCCCCUGAAUGCGCUGAUGCCGCUGAAGGAGAAGUAUCGGUACCGCCUGGUCGUGGACGAGAGCCUGGCGGUGGGGGUGCUGGGGGCCCGGGGGCGCGGCGCUGCCGAGCACUUUGGGCUGCCGCCCGAGGCGGUUGAGAUUGUGGGGGGUUCCAUGGGCAACGCCCUGGCCUCCAUCGGCGGCUUCUGCGCGGGCGACCGCGAGAUUGUGGACCACCAGCGGCUGUCGGGCCUGGGCUACUGCUUCUCCGCCUCGCUGCCGCCCUUCCUGGCCACAGCGGGCGUGUGUGCGCUGGACCACCUAGAGCAGCAGGGCGGCGAGCUGAUACCGAAGGUUCAGGAAAGCGCGCGGCUGUUCAGGAAGCUGGCCGCCGGCAUCCCUCACCUGUCGGUGGUGGGCGGGGAGGCUGCCGCCAUCUCGCCCGUCAUCCACCUGGCCCUCAGCCCGGAGCCGCAGGCGGCAGAGUACGAGGCGGGGGAUGCGGCGCUGCAGCGGGUGGUGGAUGAUUGCCUGGCUCGAGAGGGAGUGCUGCUGGCGCUGGGGCGAUACUCCAGGCUCGAGCGGCGGCGCCUCCCCCCUAGCAUCAGGGUGGCGGUGACGGCGCAGCACACGGCGGCGGACCUCCAAAAGGCGGUGGCAGCGCUCAAGGCGUCCUGCAAGCGGGUACUGGGAUGA